ACACACACACAUGCAGGCAAACACAAGCAAGGAAUGGGCGGUUAGAUGUUUCUACAGAUGGAUGUGUGGAUCUUGAUCGUUUUCUAGGUUUCUCAAGCGCAGACUUAAAAUGUUCAUAAUACUAAUGCUUAUAAAAUUAUUACUUGCACAUAUGUGUAGUUUAAGGGCGGUGCCUUAUGAUAUCUACUGGGUUAUCUUAAAUAAUUGCAUGCUAUAAAAGCGCUGUACUUUGGUACCUACCGUUUAGUUCAAUACCCCAGUGCGGCCAUACUGUACUUACAACAAUAAACGCAAACAGUUCUGAAGAAUGCAGGAAGAACACAUAUUGCCUACCCUCCAAGUAUCGCUUCCUGUGUACGGUCUGUUCUCAGUCUUACAGAUCUGGGUCUCUAAAUAGUAUGCAACAUAACCUACCUGUUUUAUUUUAAAUAAUUUUUAAUUUUAAAGAAACAUUUUCCCAGUGAUUUGAGACAAAAUGCCGAAAACGGUAAAAGAUUGUUUGAUUGAAACAUUCGAGGAUUUGAACGAAGAACAGUUUAAGAAAUUCAAAAGUAAACUCAUCGAUCGAAAGGGAGAGCCUAGAAUAGGUAAGGGUAUAGUGCAAAAUAUGGAUAGAUUGGACCUGAUUGACAAACUCGUGAGCACUUUCACAGAGAAAAACGCGGGACAGGUCACAGUUAAUAUCUUACGAUCUGCGAAUUUUACACAGGAAGCCGACGAUUUGCAAGAGAGUUUGGGGAUCGUUUCAUUCUCUUCUGGACAGACUGGUGAGAGUCAGCCUACUUAUGGUCCAUCUUCAAUUUCCAUUGUGAAUGAAAAGCACUUUUUGGAUGUGCACCGAACCACCCUCAUCGAAAGAGUUAACAAUGUGAAUUCCAUCUUGGACCGUCUCCAGGAUAAAGGCAUUCUCAACUCAGUCAGCUACAGUGAUAUUUCUACCUUGCCCAAUGACCAUAAUAAGAUGAGGGCACUGUACGACGGCCCCUUAAAAUCAUGUGGGAACAAAGGAAAAGAUGAUUUACUCUCAAUCCUACAGGAACUCCAGCCAUAUCUAAUGGAUGAGCUGAUGAAAAAGUAGACAUUUAAGCACAAGUAAUGUUUGUUGAGCUUAACAGAAUAAGUCUGCAAUUUGACAGGUUUUUAACAACAGGGUUAUAACACAGAGCCAGUUGUUGUAGGUAAAAACAUACAAUAUAGAAGAUGUUAAUGUACUUGAUACAUGCAAUGGUAUUUUGUGGUAAAAAACAUAUAAAUGGCAUUUCAUUAAAAUGCAAAAUUUUUCAUUC